CCUCGCCGGCCUUCGCACUCGCUCGCUCACUCGCUUGCCCAACCGCACUCACUCGCUCGUGCUCUCUCGCACGCUUAUCGCCGCUCGUCGGCCUUCCCCUUCUCACCUGCCUCCCCUCUCCCCGCCGCUCGCCGGCCUCACGCUCCCCUCUCCCCAUCGCUGGCCUCACCCUCCCCUCUCCCCAUCGCUGACCUCACCCUCCCUCUCCCUCUCCCUCUUCCUUUCCACCACCCCGCCUCCACUCACACCCCGGAGGUAAAAAAAUCAAUCUUUUGAGCCGGCGACGAGCUUCUACUCUGGAAUAUGCAAUAGAGGCGUGGAUGUGGAGCGCCAGCGCUGGAUCUGGGCGAGGGAGGCAUGGAUGUGGAGCGGCACCCGAGCGGUGGAUCGGGAGCAGCGCCGGAGCAGUGGAGCGGCGGAUCUGGAGCAGAGUCUUCGUCCUCACGGUGCACACGUCGUCGUCUUCGUCAGACGUCCCCACCUCGCUGACGCAUUCGAUCCGCGCAUGCUGUGUUCUCUCGGUAAAGUGAAGUUACAGGAAAAAAGUACUCACCAGUUUCAAGGAGAUGAACUUGUUUGGGAAGUGGAAGCAGAGUUGUCUGAAUUUUCAGUAUGUGAGUUUCAUCAGAUAUUAGAGGCUACAAGUAACUUUUCUGAGGAAAACAAAAUUGGCGAAGGUGGAUUUGGUCCGGUUUAUAAGGAUGGUCGACGGGUGCAUGUCAUAGAAAGAGACCUGACAGAGCCUGAUAGAAUUGUGGGUGAAUUGUUACAACCUGGAGGUUACUUGAAAUUGAUAGAAUUGGGUAUGCAGGAAAAUUUGGUCGAAAAGGGAUGGCAUGCCGACGUGUACAAUGGACAGCUUGCUGAUGAACAGUUUGUGGCAGUGAAGAGAAUGUUGCGCGGGAGGCCGAGGCGGGCAGGCGCUGCUGGUGGCGGGACGAGCAACUGGAGCAGGAGGUCAUCGCCAAGCUCGGCUGGGGCCGCCUUGGCGACGCCUAUGCCAGGACCUUCUACCUCGGGAAAAGAAGCAAUUAUCCAUCCUGUGAGUGAGAUCAUCAACACACACACUAUGUCAACAGAGACUGUUGGCUUUUCUUACUGUUGGUAUCAUUCAUCAGGCAUGUUUGCAAUUGGACAAAUGGUGUAUAACAAUGAUCAUCAUCUCUAAAUUUGACAAUUGGACAACAUCAGCAGGAGGACAUCAACAACAUCAUUUUCUCAUGCAUUACAGACUAUUAUACCUAAAAGCAUCAACAAAUUCUCCCAAUUCUGCAUUUGGCGAAAACUGAUAAGAAUUGGGAGCAGCGAGGAGUACCUGGCGAGGACCAGGCAGGGGAGCAGCGAGGACCGGGCGGGGGAGCAGCAAGGAUCAGGCUGGUCAGUGCGGUUGAGAGGACCAGGUUGGUGCAGCGAGGACUAGAUUGGGAGGAGCGGUGGGGCGGCUAGGCUGGGGCAGCGGCGAUUAAAUUGGGAGCGGUGGCCACCAGACUGGGCGGAGGAGGAGGAGGAGGAGGAGCAGGCGGAGGAGGAGGAGGUAGAGGGCGGAGGAGGAGGUGGCCGGACUAGCAGCUGGAGGAGGUGGAGGGCGCAGGUGGCCUGGCGGAGGAAGACUACGAGGAGGAGCCUGGCGGAGGAAGACUACGAGGAGGAGCCUGGCGGAGGAAGACGAUGACUCGUUUUCAAAUCAGGGGUAUUUUUGUACAUUUGCUCGUUUCCACCUGGUCUGAAAAAUCCCCCAACGACAACUAUUUCGGAACAGAGGGAGUAAAUCCAUAAUAAUGCCCCAACAUUAACUGGAAACAAAAACAAAAAGUCGACGUAACAGGCAGGCCCCCUGCCAAUUUUCAUUAA